AUGAAGGACAUUUCUUGCUUUUCUUUCACCAUAACUUUGCUUCUUUUAAUAAUUACGAUAAAUGCUUUAUUACCUGAUGAAACAAAAUUUACUGAAUGUGAAGGAGGUCCUUAUCCAAACACCAUUUCAAAUUUUCAAAUAAAUCCUGAUCCGUUAGUAAUAGGACAAAGUGCAUCAUACACAUUUAAUGGAACAAGAAAUGUUGAAAUUCUUGAAGGUUCCAGAAUAGAUUUCUUAUUAAUUGAUGAAAAUAACGAGAUAAUAUUUAAAAAUAUGGAGUAUAUUUGUUCAAUUGUAAAUGAAAAAUGCCCUUUACCCAUUGGAAAUUAUGAAUUUACUUAUGGGUUAAAUCUUAAUAUUCUUGAAGAAUCCUCCGAAAAUGUUGAUAUGCCUCCAAAAACUUUUCUUCUUUAUUUUACAAUUAAAGAUCCGAAAGAAAUUAUUUUAUCAUGUAUACAAGGUCCUGUUGAAUUAUCUUAUGUUUAUACAGCUUCAUUUAAUGGUAAUAAAAAACGUUAUUUUCAUUUAUUAUAA